ACCGAGGACGAUGGCCGAGUCCGCGUUUUGCGAGCGGCUCUCUGCGGGUCUCCACGUCACCCCCCACCCCACCACCACUUCUGGACACGGCGUGUACGCGCGUGUGUCUGUGUGUGUGUCUGUGCGUGCGUGUUGUGUUGUUACCCUUAGCUUAUUCCAGCAAAGUUGUUUACCGGGCUAAGCUGUGCGGUGGCCGAUAAACCGCCGAUGGGUUUCUGCGCUUGUGGGUUCAACAACAAUAACAAGAAGGAGAGCCGCAGCGAAUGGGAUGACGAGCCAGCUGCAUCUGCCACAGCCAAGGCUGAUGGCCUCUGCCUCAGAGUUGUCCAUUUCUAAGAGCCCUUCUCUGACCAGCCAGGUCCACGCUGCCGCCAUCAAUGGGGAUCGCUCCGCACUGCAAAAGAUUGUUGCAGCAAACCCAGAGUUUAGGGACGCUCCGGAUCAGUUUGGGCGAACGCCACUCAUGUAUUGCGUGCUGGCCGACCGGCCAGAGUGUGCCGAGGCCCUUGUCAAGGCUGGGGCCAACGUCAACAAAACGGACAAGAGCAAGCGCACCGCUCUGCACCUCGCUGCACAAAAGGGGAACUACCGGAUCCUGAAGCUGCUACUAAGCCGCCGAGCUAGUCUGCUACAAAAGGACCUGGAGGGCAUGACCGGCCUCCACCUGGCAACACGGCACGAGACCCCCAGGUGCCUUGCUCUCCUCCUCAAGCACAUAGAGCCUGGUGAGGUGGAUGUGCAGGACAACCAGAAGAGAACGGCACUGCACUGGAGUGCCUACUACAAUCACCCGGAGCAUGUGCGGAUGCUCAUCAAGCACGACUCCAAUAUUGGUGUGCCGGACAGUGAGGGCAAGAUACCGCUGCACUGGGCGGCCAACAACAAGGAUCCCUCGGCCGUCCACACUGUUCGUUGCCUGCUGGAAGCCACCCCGACCGAUUCCAUCCUCAACUGGCAGGACUACGAGGGACGCACGCCCCUUCACUUCGCCGUGGCUGAUGGCAACGAGGCAGUGGUGGACAUCCUGACGUCGCCGCAAGUGUGCAACGUCACGGCCUACGACAACCUCUUCCGCACCUCGCUGCACUGGGCCGCGCUGCUCGGUCACGCUAAGAUAGUUCACCUACUGCUGGAGAGGAACUCCUCUGGCACCAUUCCCUCAGACAGCCAGGGAGCUACGCCCCUGCACUACGCUGCUCAGAGCAACCAUGCGGAAACGGUGGAAGUGUUCCUUUCGCACCCAUCGGUGCACGACGAACCUGACCUGGAGCGCCGUACGGCGUUCAUGUGGGCGGCUGGCAAAGGCAGCGAUGCCGUCGUGAGCACCAUGCUGCGCCUCAUUCCCAACCUCGACGUCAACCUCGCCGACAAGUACGGCGGCACUGCGUUGCACGCGGCCGCGCUUUCCGGUCAUGUGAGCACGGUGCGUCUGCUGCUGGCCCACGGGGCGCAGGUGGAUGCAGCCAAUGUCAUGAAGCACACGCCGCUUUUCCGCGCCUGCGAGAUGGGCCACAAGGAGGUUAUCGAGACCCUGAUUGAAGGCGGUGCGCGGGUGGACUUGGUGGACCAGGAUGGACACUCCCCUCUGCACUGGGCAGCUCUGGGUGGAAACGCAGACAUCUGCCUUAUCCUAAUUCGGAAUGGCAUCCACCCAGACGUGCGGGACCAUGUGCGUCGCACCCCGCUCCAGUGUGCUGCAUACGGAGGCUAUAUCAACUGCAUGGUUGUUCUGAUGGACAGCCAGGCUGACCCUAACAUACAGGACAAAGAGGGCAUGACAGCGCUGCACUGGUGCUGCAACAAUGGUUACCUGAACGCAGUCAAGCUCCUGUUAGAGUACGGAGCCUUCCCCAACCACAUGGAGACCAACGAGGAGAGGUACACCCCCCUGGACUACGCCCUGCUCGGAGGGCACCAGGAGGUGAUCCAGUACAUGCUUGAGCAUGGGGCCCUCUCCAUCGCCGCUAUCCAGGACAUUGCUGCGACCAAGAUCCAGGCCGUGUACCGCGGGCACCGUGUGCGCCGCUCCUAUUUGGACCGGAAAAAGUUGCUCAUGAAACACGAGCAGCUACGCAAGCAUGCAGCCAGCAGGAAGAGAGAGGAGGUGAACAGAAGAAAAGAGGCAGAGCAGCAGCUAUUGAAGAUUGGAGAAAGUGGUGCCGAGGCCCAAAAUCAAGAGAGGCUCGCGCAGCAGGGGGUCCACAGGAAGGAGCCUUGUGCAGAGACCACGCUUGAAGGAGGAGAAUGUGGACGACACGCUCGUGAGCAGGAGAGACCGAAGCAAGCACCGUCUGCCACGGGCACCCGUGGUCCCACCAGGUCUGGUGCUCCAGAGAAGGCCCCAUCCAAUAGCGCUGGUGGUGAGGCACCAGAGAGAGCUGAUGCAGCCACUCUGCAUCAUUCAGCCUCUGAGGGUGAACUGCGGGCAUCUUUCGCGGGCCGCGGAGCGACCACCAAAGCGAAAAGCGUCCAGCAGCUGCCUCAGCCCGACACUGCCAGUCCGAGUCCCAGGAGCGGCAGCAAAGACCCGCCGCCGCCUGGAAGCGCCAGCGGCGGCGGUGGCGGCGGUGGCGGCAACAGCAAUGGUAGUAGUAGCAUUGAGAAACGCAGCUCGGCUGGGAGAAAAAGCAAAGCUGGCGACGUUGCAAUUGGUAACCAGGUGAGACCAGAGAAACAGUCUGGUGGAUCACAGCAGCAAAACAGUUGUGAGGAUGCAAAGAAAGAGAAAAAGCACCAUUCAAAGUUUAGAAAGGAGGGCAAAAUGUGUGCAGAUGGCAGUGGGUACUGCUGCCACAAGCACUCGUUGGGUUUGUGUGGACGGACCUCACCGGUUUUGAGCAGUGACAGAAGGGAUGCCAAGCAUUCACACAGAGGCACAUGCAGUGAAUGUAAGUAUCGGCAUCCAGAGAAGACGGGGAAAUCAAAAAGCACGCAUAACAACUUGUCAAGAAUAAACGAAGAUGCUGUACUCGGAGCUUCGGCCCAGAAUCGAACAUGUUCGGCACAUGGUAUGCAAAUCCGGCCAGAGAACGACGAAGAAAUACCUCACGUCACAAAAACAGAAUCAGCGAAAUCGUCGCCACAAAUUUGCAAGAGAAAUGAAAGAGAUUAUCCAAGAGGAGGGGGUGGCGGCACGUGGGAGGCUGGAGGCAAAGGUCACGCGCUGCCCAUUCCACACGGCUCGAACAUUAUGGAGCUGGCACUUGAGGUGCGACUGCAGACCGUACAACGGGAGAGGAGGCGCAAGGAUCUCUUCCGGAGGAAGCAACAGGCGGCCACCCUCAUCCAGAGGACGUGGCACAGGUACAAAGCACAUCAACUGUGCGUGUCUAAACAAGCGACAAACACAACACUGUCCAGAGUCAACAAAGCCAAGACGAUAAAGGACAAAUCUUCCGAGCAGCAGAGCAAUGGCCAACAGAGAGCACUGGCAAGCAGAUCUCCUGUAAAACGCGCAUCAAAGAUCAAUGAGGAAAAGAUGAAGCUUGGCAGCAGCAGGAUAGCAGACGGGCCAUCAGCAGUGGGCAACAGUCACUCAGGGAUUCCCGAAGGUGCUCAAUCGAACGGCUCCGAGAUGGCUCCCCAUGCACCGCUUUGCUCUGAUCCUGAUGAGCGCUGGAGAAGAGAGAUGGCCGCUCUCACCAUCCAGCUCGCCUGGAAAAGAUUCCAUGCAAUCAGGGAGCACAGGGAGCCCAGGCCACACCGGUCGGCCAGAGGACGCUGCAGCAAAGUGGCCCCUCGGUGGGAUGCACGGGCGAGGGCAGCAGCACAGCUUGCCCUGAUACGGCGCGUCUACGGCGAGCCUCAGGGGCCAUGUGGACAGCGUAUGCCCAGGGCCUCCCCCAAGGCGAGCCUCGCCAGCCACUCUUCCCUGCGUGCCGUGGAUGGCGACUUGCUGGAGGCUGUCAACAACCCACGCCAGUUCUCCUACAACAUGUCGUCAGCGCGAUCCGAGGUCCUCUCGACGCGCGCCAAGCUGCCCUCAUCGUAGCCGCCUUCGUGACGGGGGGGGGGGGAAGAGGGGAAAGGUGGUGAAGGCGGCGGACAGCGGGGACAGUCGACGUGGGGCGUAGAGAGAGAGAGAGGAGGGGGGGGGCUGCGGAGGCCAGCGCGUCCUGCAUGGCGACGACUGCAGUCGGUGCGAUUCUAGGAGACUAGUUACUUGUGGUGUACGAGGAUUUAUUUAGUUUUUUUACUUUUGAUGACAAACUGCUAAUAUAUCAAAAGUACCUUUUGUAAAUGAUGACUUUCAUAAUGUAGACCUCGUGUAAUUGUUACAAAACACAGGUACGACAAACAUUCUAUGCAAUUGAUCUCUUUUAUGCAUACUUUCCUGCAAAGCACUACAUUCUUUGAGGACAAACGUUUUUACCUGCCGCAGAAACUUUUGAAAUAAACCGUUUUAUUGCCAAAAAUAUUUUGCGCGAUCAUAUAUUUUUCAAUACAAACUGUUAAGAGGCGGCAAACGCCACCAGUGCUUUCCCAAAGGACAGCCUCGGAGGAACGCUGUACACCGGUAAUAGGCAGGUUCCCUAAUUAAUGUUGAAUUGUUAAAACCGGGCAGGUGAACAGCACAUUUCAGGCAUUGUGAAUGGUCCAAUUGCGCUCUGGGGACAGGACCAGAUUGAGUUUGGAUCAAUUGCAAUGCACAGAAUGCAUGCCUUACUUACCUAUUCUCGCAAUUGAUUGUUAAAUUAGGCCCGGGGGCAGGUUGUUGCCCAUCGCCGGUGUGCACUCAUUGUAAGCAGUCUCCCCUUUCGCGUCAAGCCGCUGUGAAAUAUAUCCGGAACGAUCACGGUGUCUUUCACUGGUUACAUACAAUGAAAAUCCUGUUUAGGUAGAGCACAGCUUCCGGUGGCCAAUCAUACAAAUUGCUUCCCAUUUUGUGCAGCCUAAACUGUGCAAUAAGGGACACUGCACGCUCCGUUACAUAUGAAACAUGGCCGCAACAUGUGCCGGCCAGCGGGGGCCGCUAAAUGAAGGAGUGGUGCACACAAACGCUAAAUCAGGUUUUAACAGAGUUAGUAGUAAAGUCUGCCUUAAUCAGGGAGCCCAGGAUUGAUGGAGCAAUUCCGCCAUGGGGGGAGAAAAAGUCUUAGCAUAUAUUAUUUAUGCAUGAUGAAAUGAGGUUCAUUUUCUGCAUGUACGUAAUACAUAUAUCUGCCUUUUUGUAGUGUGAUUGAUUGAGAAUACUUUUGAAGGUUGUAAAUCACAAGUCCUUGGCAAUUUUUAAUGUGUCCCUUUAAAAAGCCUCUUUUUUUGCUUCAUUUUUAUACGUUAUCAAUUUUUAAAUUUUUAUUAACUUUGUAACAUGCUUCAUACCCACACUGUAAUGAUUUGUAUGUGAAACUUUUCAUAAAUGUUCCUUUUAAAAAAAUAGCUAUUUUAUUUUUUUGGACUUCAUACAUCUACGGAAACCAUAACACUGCUUGUUUUGACCUUUUUAGAAAUUAAAUUUGUCUUUUUUUCA